CUGGCACUGACAAUGUGGACAUCAGCGGGGAAUAUAUAGUGUAUCAUCUACAUUCGCGUCGUGUUAUCAACGCAUUGAACUUCAUUAUUACCAGAGUGGUGAGUGGAAGUAGAGAGUCCUACCUCCCCCCCUCCCUGCCCAUUCCAUCAUCCGUAGAGCAUCUUUCAUGCGUCUCCCUGGGCCCGAUUCCCACGUCAGGAUGAACUGUGAGCAGGAUUUUGGAGAUGGAGGCAUGAACGUCACUCUAACUCUCCGGCUGCUCAUGCACGGCAAGGAGGUCGGCAGCAUCAUAGGCAAGAAAGGAGAGACGGUGAAAAGGAUACGAGAGGAGAGCAGUGCACGUAUCAACAUCUCUGAAGGCUCAUGCCCGGAGAGAAUCAUCACCAUCACCGGUGCCACAGAGUGUGUGUUUCGAGCCUUCACUAUGAUCACAAUCAAACUGGAAGAGGACUUGGCUGCUCUUGUGGCGAAUGGCACCGUCACCAGUAAGCCUCCGGUCACACUGCGGCUGGUCAUCCCGGCCAGCCAAUGCGGUUCCCUCAUCGGCAAAGGCGGCUCCAAAAUCAAAGAGAUCAGAGAGAAAACAGGGGCUCAGGUACAGGUGGCAGGAGAUCUGCUCCCCAACUCCACGGAGCGAGGUGUGACGAUAUCUGGCAGUCAGGACGCCAUCAUCCAGUGUGUCAAGCUCAUCUGCACUGUAAUACUGGAGUCUCCUCCAAAGGGGGCUACAAUUCCGUACCGCCCCAGUCCUGCUCCAGGUGCAGUUCUUCUUGCUGGAAAUCAGGUUUUCGAAACGUCAGAGUUUGCGUCUCAUCCGCUUUUCUCAGUGGCUCAGGGAGGCCUGGAUCUGCAACAAGCGUAUACUGUACAAAACCAAUAUGGCAUUCCACACUCAGAGUUGGCUAAGUUGCACCAGUUGUCCAUGCAGCAGGGUCUCGGCCCCAUCGCUCAGGCCACGGCCACUCAAGUUCUGCCUGCAGGCAUCGAGUCCAGCUCCCAGACAGCAUCACAAGAACUUCUCAUUCCAAAUGACCUGAUUGGUUCAAUAAUCGGCAGACAGGGUACAAAAAUCAACGAGAUCCGCCAAGUUUCCGGGGCUCAGAUCAAGAUCGGCAGUCAGCUGGACAGCACUAGUGACCGACACGUCACCAUCACAGGCUCCCCAAUCAGCAUCAACUUGGCCCAGUAUCUAAUCACAUCCUGUUUAGAGACCGCCAAAUCCACUGCCCAGUCCUCCUCCAUGUCGACCCCUGUAGACCUCAACAUGAGCUUCACCCAGACUGCUCCCCCUGCAUCGUCCUCUGCCGCAGCCCUGGCAGCGAUGGGCGGCCUGCCCCACGCUCCAAUCUUGGGCGCCCCCUAUACCCUCCCCCUCUCCAGCCUCCUGGGAAUCAAAUCUGUCCCCUUCCUGGCGCUGUCGGCCCCCGCUGCCACUGCCGCCGCUGCUGCCGCCGCCGCUGCCGCUGCCCCAGCUCACGGCUCCCUGGCCUCCUACACCGCCAAGAUCUCCUCGGCCAACGGCAUCAAAAAACCGGAGCGGCAGAAGUUUGCGCCCUACUGAGAGGAACCACCCAACACCUCCUUUGAGACAAAAUGCCGGAGAGGAAUACUUUUGAGGGUUCUUCUUCUCUUCUAGCCUCAUGUAGCUGUGUAGAAGCAGACAGAACCAGUUUGUUUUCUUUAUUCGGUUUCGUAGCUUGUUCUGGAAAACGGCAUCAAAUUUAACCUUUUGUGUUUUGGCUGAGGUAGCCGCUAAAGCCAUAGACUAUAUUCCUAAUCUUUCCCCAAAUCUUCUUUACACACACAUACACACACACACACACACACACACACACACGUUUAUUGUUCUGCUCUUAUUUAUUGAUAUUAACGAAUUAUUCCCGCAAAGAGUUUAUAUAACGUAGAACACUGUUGACUGAUGCUAAUCUCUUACGUAUCAGCUUUUAUACAACGAUGUCUGUGAAUGCUUCUGUAUACGACUUCCUUGAUUUUUUUAGAAAUCUUUAAACGAUGUAUUAAAACUAAACAAACAAAAAAAAAAGAUGAUGAUGUUUUUCAACAUGACAGAUCUAAACCUUUUGUUUGCGUUACAUUUCUACGUUUGGUUCACAUUGGUUAUGAAAUGUUAUUUAUUUUAUUUAUUGUGCAGAGUGUUUCUUUUAAAGUCAAUGUUUUCAGUAACAGCUGCAGGUAUAUAUAUAAAUAUGACUACAAAAAUAAUAAUUUCUUCCAUUCAAUCAUGGGUUACGUGAAAAAGACGAUAGUUACGUAGCCAAGUUUCUGUACUUGCGUGCCAUGAUGAAUUCUGGGAUGAAUAUCUAAACAUAGCCUGGCUAUCAACAGCCGAGUUCGGACGAAUGCUGUUUCAGGGGGGUUUCUUUCACCAUUUCUAAUGGCAUAAAAUGACUACUAUGCAUGGUGACUGCCCAUGUUGGAGACUAAUGCUGCAUGUUGACUUGGCCCCUCACACUAGCAAAGACACAUACAACAUAGGCUCAUUCUGAAAGCGUAGUCCUAUAUACAUUUCAGGAGACCGCAAAUUGUGUAGCCAGAAGUAUUUCAUUUUUUAAAUGAACGCUAUGAGGCGGCAUGACGCCAAUUCGUUUUGCGUUUACCAUCUGAUUGCUUACCUCCGUAUGGACGGCUUUCCCACUGUAACCAGUUUGUCCCAGUAGCUCGUCAUGUGGGUCGGCGGACUUGAGAUGUAGGGAGGAGUUGACCACGACGACAGGGUUCGAGUCUGGUGAAGAGCAGUUCCAGUAAGCAGGUAAAACAAAAACAGAAGCCAAAAAAUAAAUUAAACAAGUAAUAACAGGGUGAGAAUAACAGGGUGAGAACUCUGCGCUGGUUGGGGUUUUGUACCAAAACAAUACAUUGCAAUUGGCUUAAGAUAGGCAAGCAAAAUUUGCAACCUGCAGAACCUGGGAAUUUAAAAAAUAAAUAAAUCAGACGAGGGCUUUUCUUUUUCUGCUUUCGAAAAUUGUUGGUUGGAGUGUGGGUCAGUCGAUUGGUCGGUCAUUCAGUCAGUCAGUGGAACAGUUGGUCAACAGCGGCCUCUGGUGGACUUAUGUGAGAACAGCAGGCGUGAAUGGCACUCGCAAAAGAAAUUUGAGAUGUCAAAAAAAACAUACACAGCGGCCUCUGGUGGAUUGAUGAAAAGAAAAACUGCAAAAAAACAUCGCUACUGGGACGUAUUUCGCAGCCUCCAGAAAUUUAUACAAAGUUACGUUUUCAGAAUGAGUCUGGGUUGGACACGUAGGUUUUAGAGGUGUUGCAGAAGAGCAAUAUUGAUUGAAAGUACUAAAAUACACACACACACACAUAUAUAUAUAAGACCUACAUGUAAACAUGCUUCAAGUGUAGCUACGUUAAUCAUUAUGCUCGAUCACAGAGUAUACUUCGUGGACUGAUUAUAGUUUUUCUUUUCAUUUUUCUAAAUAUAGAAAUAAUCUCACUUAUUUUUCUAAACCUAGAAAGCUAAAAACUGAAUGUGACCACUCACAUGAUUCAUCCACGUGGUAGAUUUAGCGUAACCUUGACUCGUGGUUUUUCUUUUGUUGUUGUUGUUCUUUUUGAUUCGUUUAGAUCUCUUCAAACGUCUGUCCCAUAAUCAUUUGCAUGAAUUUAACUCGGCGUCUAUGCAAAACAUCUCGGGGCGGUUCAGCGAGGUAUCCUAUGUCAUGCUUCAUAGAUGGCCCUAAAUAAACCACCGUUGAGAAAGGGCUAUCGCAAAAAAAGACAAAAGAGAAAGCGGGAACCCAAGGACAACGAUGCUCUCGAAUUUAUGAACCAUGCUGUGUGUAAUAUAUAUACAUAAAUAUACGUUCUAUUGUAUCCAUAUUUCCCAUUCCAAAACCUAACCACACAUAACCACCCUUUCACACGCUCUGCGAAACGGCUCGGUGCGGCUGUGAGAUUUCCACUGUAGGGUUUCCAGAAAACUGUUCAGAUGCUUGAAUUAUCCCAGGUCUGGGUUUUGGAUUCACUCGAGGUUUCGUUUGUCAGCCUUGGCAUAAAUGCAACUCUUGUUUUUAGUUAUAUUCAUCAACGCCAUACAAAUGAAUAAAAACAAUACUGUAUUAACGUAA